AGAUAGCAAGGACGAAAUCCGCUUCCUGUUUAGGUUUCACUCGUGGGUCUCCUGUGCAGUGAUAUUUCUAAAGUUAAGUUAAAAUAAUGAGUUUUUUCUGUCGCUCCAAGAUACUGCUACCAUCGGCAUUCAGAAUAAACACUUUACUGGAACACACCCGGUGUUUGAAAAGCUUCAGCUCGGCCUCUAGAGCUCUUUACAACAGUCAGUGUCAGUCUCGGCGUUUCACACCAUGUUUGUCCUUCUGUCCGUUUUGGCAUCAUAGUCGACAUUUCGAUAAAAGACUGUAUUCAGAGCUGUGCGGUGAAAACAGUAUAAAUAAGAGCAAUAGUCUGGUGCAAGAGGAGUUAACCGAGACAGAUAAUGACUACAAAGACUCGAGACAAAGUAAGUAACUCUUACUUUAGCUGUUAAAGAGACGCUCGAUUAAUCGGUUAAUCCGACGACAAUUGUUCGAUUAAUUUCCAAGUUUUGUAAGGAAGAUGUAUGGUUUCAUUUUUUUAAGCUGUGACAUUUAAUAAGUUGGCUCAGAAAUGAAAAACAAAACUUACUAUCCUAACUUGACAGAAAUGAAUGGAUGUGUUUGCCUACCCUUCCAAAAACAUGGUUAAAGAGAUGAAUUUUGCUGACCGCUUGCUUCUCUAGUUGUACCAACUUUAGUAACUACCGCAGGAUAGCAACACACAGCGGUCUUAGGAGCCAUAAACAAAUCUCAACCAAAACACCAUGAAAUGAUAAAUGAUCAUUAAUGUUCUUCCUUGAGCUGCGUCACCCUGCAGCCGUCCGUUACGGUGUGUUUGACCAUAACUUAAUUUUACGCCGCAAUAUCGCUUUAAUUCUUGAUCUUGUCUUCAGAAGUUUAGUGAUGUACUUGAUUUUACUACUAUGAAUAUGAUAUUCUUUAUUUUGCACAGUGGGUUUGUUUAGGGUGGGGUAUUUCAAAACUAUCUUGAGAAUUGGUUGGACGUUUUUCAUUGAAGUGCAAGUCUGACAUUGAAAAUCUAAAUCAGUUAGGACACGUAUCAUUAUUAAAUGAAUUCAGAAAAACACUAAAUUGUCACAUGGUUUACAUAUAAAUAUGGGUGAUGCUUUUAUGCACUGGGGGUCAUGAGUAUUACAUGCUGUUGGAUCCCCAAAUUUUACUAGGGAUUAAUAAAGUAUCUCUCCAUGUCUCUAUGUAUCUAUCUGUACAUACAUACGUCCAUCCAUCCAUUACAAGUGAAACAAUGCAGCAGGGCUACAUAGCCACACUAAAUUUUGCAAAUUUUUUUGUCCUUUUUUUCAGGAUCUCCUCAGUCUUUCACUCUUGACACGCUGGUGUCCCUGCUUCGUCAGGAAAAUGCAGUGGACAUCUGCGUAAUUAAAGUACCAGAGCAGAUCAAAUACACCGACUAUUUCAUAGUUGUCAGCGGCAUGUCACCAAGACACCUGCGUGCAAUGGCACUUUAUGCCAUUAAAGUGGUAAUUUGUUUGAUCUUCCUGUUUUUAAAUCAUGAAAUGGAUAAUGAAAGAAUGCAAAUUUAGACUAAUGAUGAUUUUCUUGUAGUACAAGUUUCUAAAGAAAGAAGAUGAUCCACAUGUCAAAAUUGAAGGGAAGAAUGCAGAGGAUUGGAUAUGUAUUGACUUUGGUAUGUAAAAGUUUUAGACAUCACAGUUUAUCUCUGAUGAAACAGUAACAACAAACUAACAUUCUUAGUUGAGCAGCUGGUUUUCCCCAAUUUUUACAGCUUCUUUCUGUUUUAGGGCCCAUUGUUUGUCACUUCAUGCUACCGGAGAGCAGAGAAGUAUAUGAGCUGGAAAAACUGUGGACUCUGCGCAACUAUGACGAGCAGCUGAAAAGCAUGCCAGCAGAAACACUUCCAGAGGACUACAUCUAUGAUGCUGAAAAGACUUAGCUCUUUCUUGAACGCUUGGUGUUCAACUUUUGCUUUCCCUCUAAGGGAAAAUAAAUAAUACAUUUCUUAAGUACAGGGCCAGAAAUUCAGAAAUGUAGAAGAUUGCAUCCACGUAUCAAUCACGACACAUAUAUUUUGGAUUUGUAAAACACCAUGAUUCGAAUCAGUUGGUAUUUGACCAUAAAGGAAACUGCAUGUUGUGAUGUAUUUUUAUGUUUAAAAAAUAAAUUAUUUUCAUAUGAA